AUGGUUGAUGUUACCGAAAAAUCAACGUUGGCCAAUAAUGCUAAUAGGUCAGUUUUAUCUUUGACAUCACCAGCAAAACUAAACAUUAUGUCGUCAGAUUGGUCCAGAAGCCAAGGUAAGAUUACAAAAAAACCAUUAAGGCGUACAAAUUCACUCAACUCCAGAGCCAUUAAUAACAGUAGUGGUAACUCGAUUUAUUCUCGUCCUCCCAUAUCUCUACCGCCACCUCCAUUAAUUAGACGAAAUUCUUCAUUCUUUGCCGACGAUGGUGAUAAGAACGAUUCAACGAGGGGAGGUAGAACCCAUUCUUCAGGAUCAGCAGGUGGCGCUGCGCAGCCUUCUUCGAUUCAAGAGACGGAGGUAAUCACUUCAGAUAGAUUCAUUCCAACAUUACAAAGUAAUCAACAAAAUAAAGUUGACCCUAUGGUACUGGGAGAAGAGUUUCCACCUCCUAAUGCUUCUCCCACUGCACAUUUGAGAGCACAAACGAAGAUGGUUUUCAAACAAACGGUUGCAAAAGCUUGUGGUCUAGACAUGGGUCAGAGAAUUUUGCAGUAUAUGCCACAACCUCCAGUAGCAUCUUUCAAACGACAAAGUUAUAGCAUGAACAAGAGAUGCCAUUAUAAUUAUCAGCAAGAGUCUCAACCAGAGUUGGUAAAAUUAAGGAAAAUUAAUAGUAAUCCAGAGAGAAUACUGGAUGCACCCGGUUUCCAGGAUGAUUUUUAUCUUAAUCUUUUGAACUGGUCAUCUAAAAAUGUAUUGGCGAUUGCAUUGGAGACUGCGCUUUACCUGUGGAACGGUGCUACCGGUGACGUUACCAUGUUGGUAGACUACGAAACUACCAAGAUUACGAGUUUGAUAUGGUCUGACGACGAUUGCCAUCUUUCCAUCGGUAAAGAAGAUGGGAAUAACGAAAUAUGGGAUGUUGAGACUAUGUCACUCGUUAGAACCAUGAGAUCAGGUCUUGGAGUGCGAAUUGGGACACAAUCGUGGCUUGAGACUCUAAUAGCUACUGGUAGCCGUAGUGGAGAGAUUCAAAUAAACGACGUACGAAUCAAGCAGCAUAUAGUAUCGACAUGGGAUAAACAUUGUGGUGAGGUUUGUGGAUUAAGUUAUAAGAGCGAUGGAUUACAAUUGGCAUCUGGUGGCAACGAUAAUACAGUCAUGAUUUGGGACACAAGAGUCUCAAUGCCCCAAUGGAUAAAAAGAAGUCAUACUGCUGCAGUAAAGGCACUCAGUUGGUGUCCAUACAUGCCAAACCUGUUAGCUUCCGGUGGUGGACAAACCGAUAAGCAUAUUCAUUUUUGGAACACUGUCACUGGCGCAAACGUUGGUUCCAUUAGUACUGGGUCGCAGGUCAGUUCAUUGCAUUGGGGUCAAAGCUAUACUAGUUCCUCCGGUAGUAUGAAUCGUGAAAUAGUAGCUACCGGCGGUAGCCCAUCGAAUGCCAUCUCAGUCUUCAACUACGACACCAAAUACAAGGUGGCCGAAAUAAUGCAAGCACACGAAUCAAGAAUAUGUUGCUCACAAUUAUCACCAGAUGGUACUACACUUGCCACUGUUGGUGGAGACGAAAACUUAAAAUUUUAUAAGGUGUUUGAACCUAGAAGACGAAACAGAAGGAAAACCAAGUCAGUUGUCGGUGAUGUGAUGAGCCUAUUCAGUCAUGGAACUUCAAAUGACGAUUAUGAUCAUCUAAAGAGCAGUCAGGAGACUAUCGAUGAUUGUAACGCCGACGACGAAUCACCAGUAAGGUCAUCCAAACGAAAGACUAGUGAAUUCUUGAUCAGGUAA